UGACAGGUGAGCGCGCGCGCAGCUGGCCGGUCGCUCUCGGCGCCCGACGGAUGGAGCUGCUUCGCGUCUGAGUCGGUGCUGGAAGCGUUCGAAGGGAAAAAAGCGGACGAAACUCGGGAUUUCUAUCUGCCAUGAGAACUGAACAGGCGGAAAAUGGCGAAAACGCAGCAAACUCGCAGAACGAAAUGCUGAUCAACCAGCUGAGGGAGAUCACCGGCAUCCAGGACCCGCACAUUCUCUGCAGGGCCUUGAGUGCCAGUCAGGGUGACAUUGGACAUGCUGUUGGACUCCUGACAACCCAGCCUUCAGAAGUCCAGGUUCCUGGAGACAAACAGGAGUCAGGGAUCUCCGUAGACGCCUGGGAGGGCCACACAGCGGUUCGUAACGAUGAGCUGCAGGCCGCCAUCGAGCUCAGUCUGCAAGAGUCGCACAAUGCCCAGGAGGAGGAGAGACAGUUCCACAGGGCUCUGGAGGCGAGCGCGGAGGAGAACGCCGCCAGACUGAAGAGGAGGAGGUGCGAAGCCCAGAGCGAGACGUGCAGCCCGGCGGACUGGAUCCGCCAGGACGACUGGCCCGUGGGCAUCCGCAACGUCGGCAACACCUGCUGGUUCAGCGCCGUCAUCCAGUCACUGUUUCACCUGCCUGUGUUCAGGAGGCUGGUUCUCAACUACCACCUUUCUGAGCGAAUCCUGGAGAAGUGUAAGAGCCAUUCAGACAAGAGGAACAUCGCCUUCAUGCAGGAGCUGCGUUGUCUCUUCGCCCUCAUGGUGGGCUCAACGCGCAGGUUCGUGGAUCCGUCCGCCGCGGUGGAGUUACUGCGUGAUGCCUUCAGGACCAGCGAGGCCCAACAGGACGUCAGUGAGUUUUCCCACAAACUGCUUGACUGGCUGGAGGAUGCGUUUCAGCUGGCUGCCAAUGGGAAUAACACAGAAGACAAACAGCAAAACCCCAUGGUCCAGCUUUUCUAUGGCACCUUUGUGACAGAACGAGCACAUGAAGGCAAGUUGUUAUAUAACAUCGAGCAGUUCGGCCAGUAUCCGCUGCAAGUCAACGGCUUUAACAACUUGGACGAAUGCCUGGAAGGUGCUAUGGUCGAGAAGGAGAUCGAAUCGCUUCAUUCAGAUCACAUCAUUACAUCUGGCCGAGAGAGAUGGUUCAAAAAGCUCCCGCCUGUGCUGACAUUUGAACUGUCCAGAUUCGAAUUCAACACCCAGCUUGGACGGCCGGAGAAGAUCCACAAGAAGCUGGAGUUCCCACAGAUCAUUUAUAUGGACAGGUACCUUCAUAAAAACAUAGAGCAGACCCACGAAAGGAGAGGAGAAGUCAAGAGGCUAAAGGAGCAACUUGCAGUCCUUCAACAGAAGCUCGAGUGCUACAAAAGCUACGGCUCAGGACCCACCAAGUACCCUCUGGCAGACAUGCUGCAGUUUGUGCUGGAGUUCGCUACCACGAAGCCGACCAGCGUUUCCCCGGCCGAAGACCUGAGACCGGCUGCAUCGUCGCCGACCCCGUCGGGCCAGUCCGUCUGUGAACCCGCCUGCGACAACAGCGAGCACGGAGACGCCGACGCGUCAGAGGGCCUGGUUCCCAGUGUUUCCAGUUGCCAGCGGACGCCCAUAUACAAGCCCUUCACCCAGUGCAGACACCCCGUGGACUGCCCCCCACACCCGGCCCCGCACAGCAUCACCGAGGAGGAGCUCCACUUCACCAAGACCUGCCUGCAGCGCUGGAGGGCCGAAGUGGAGAACGACAUAAGCGAGUUGAAGGCCAGCAUUGACAAGCUCACACAGAUGCUGGAGGGCAUGUACUCAGACAACAGCCUCUGCCAGGCGCCCUACAGGCUCCACGCGGUGCUGGUCCACGAGGGCCAGGCGUCGGCCGGCCACUACUGGGCCUACAUCUACGACCACGCCAACCGGCGCUGGAUGAAGUACAACGACGUCAACAUCACGGAGUCCUCGUGGGAGGAGCUGGAGCGGGAUUCCUUCGGCGGCGUGACCAACGCCAGCGCCUACUGCCUGAUGUACAUCGACGACCGGCGGCCCCACCUCAUCACAGAAGACACUGACCAUGAGACCGGGCAGGCGCUGCGGGGCGCCGACUCGCUGCCGCCGCUGCUCAGGCGCUACGUGCACGAGGACAACCGCUGGUUCCAGCAGGAGAUCGCCGAGUGGGAGGAGCAGUUCUGCCAGGCGGCGACCCCGCAGGGGGAGUCCACGGCGCCCGCAGAGCCCCCGGAGCCCGGCCCGGACGACGUGGCGCUCGCACCCGUCGGGCCGGCGCCUCAGUCAGGACCGUCCACCGAGGAGCUGGAGCAGGGAGCGGAUCCGGAGGCGCAGCCAGAUCCAGAUCCAGCAGAAGACAAGGAUCCAGAGUCGGAGAGCGCAGAGAAGCCUGAAGCCACAGAGGAAUCUCAGCGAGCAUCAGAGGCGCCACAGACGCCCAGCUGUCAGUGCAACGACAGCAGCAGCAGCUCAGCUGCCACCGACACCGCAGGGUCCGAUCAGAGCGUCACCUCAGCUGAGCCGGAGCUGCAGAGUCAGGCUCCUGGUCAUGAAGGGGAGCUCAGUAACCAGGCUAAACCUGACCUGGCUGUGGCUGAGGGAGACGCAGCCGCUGUGGGCCUCGGCGCUGAGAGCGCUGCCGAUGCGGAGGCUCCACCCGCGGAGCGGGCGGAGGAGGAGCUGCAGCAGGAGGCCCCGGCCAGACAGCGGCAGCCGGAGAACGAGGUCUCGGAGGUGGAGAUCCCCAACGUGGGCAGGAUCAUGGUGAGGGCCGACGCCGAUGGAUACAAUGAGGAGAUGAUGCUGACUCCAGCUAUGCAGGGAGUCAUUCUAGCCAUAGCCAAGGCCCGGCAGACCUUUGACAAGGAAGGCCCUGAGGCUGGCCUCAUCAAGGCCUUCCACGAGGAGUACUCUCGCCUGUAUGAGCUCUCCCAGGAGGUGACCACGCUCCAGGAGGACGCGCGCCUGCAGCACUCCCUCGUCUACUUCUUCCAGAACAAAGCGCCCAAGCGCAUCAUUGAGAGGACGCUGCUAGAACAGUUUACCGACCGCAACCUGAGCUUCGACGAGAGGGCCAUUAGUAUCAUGAGGGAAGCCAGAGCCAAGCUGCGCCUCAUCAAGCCUGAAGACAUGGACAUGGAAGAAUACAUGCAGUGGCAUGACGACUACAGGAUGUUCAGGACCGUGUUCGUCUACCUGCUGACGGGGCUGGAGCACUAUCAGCACGGCAAGAUUCGUGAGGCACUGAUCUACUUGGCUCACGCGUUCGAGACCAAUGAUGCCCUGCUGAAGAACGGAGAGAAACGAGGAGUGGACAAGUUGCUUAUUGCACCUUACCGGAGGAAAUGCCUCACUGUGCUGAAUGAUCGAGCAUCGCGGCUGUUCUGCAGCGGCGAGGAGAGCAAAGUGGAGGAGGCCGUCGCCAUCAUGGAUGAUGCUGUCAUCCCCUGCCUUCACCUGAUGAGCCGUGACUCUGCCUUGCUGCAGGAGGACCGGGAAGCCAUGGAGAGCAUCCGCAGCCACUGGUGCUGCUGUUUGGGCCAAGACAUGGAUGACUCAUUGCAGGUGAAGCUGGGAGAGUUUUUGCCCAGGGUUCUGGAUGGAUCAGCCGGGACUGUCGUGCUCAAAGACCCACCCAAAGUCCAUGUCAACCAGGCCCACGAUCUGUGCAGUCGCCUGGCUGCCGUCAUGGAGUCCAUUCACAACACCUCCAUAGUCACCGUUAAAUAAAGUCCUGAAAUGAACCCCCCACCGACCUCCGUGACCUUCGACCUUCGUGACUGUUUGUUCUGUGCAGGUUGCACAGAAACUACAGGUUGUAGUUUUGAAGAAGUCAAAUUUUGUAUUUAGCUGCAUCUACUUGUUUGUAUCACUGCAAAAAUCCUCAACAGGCUUCAGGCUUGAUGCUCAUCCACCACCAGCAGCAACAUUCAUUAACUCAAAAAUACUAACAGUACAUCAAAAAAUCCCAAUACAAUUAAACCAGCAGUAGGAAAGGCAAAAUUUUGGAUAGGAUUCUGAACAAUGGAUUUUUUUUAGACCUGAGAAAAUACCAACGAAAUACAAGUCCACAUUUAAUUUCUUUACCACCCACAUCAGGCAACAAUUAACUUUAAGCAGCUUGUUUUCUGCAUUGCACUCAACAGCCAAACACACACACGUGAAAUCAACCUGCUAAUUGUGAAACUGUAGUAAAGUAGAACGGCGACUUUUUAUAUAUGUUUACCUCACUGGGACGGACUGGACUGGUGGGAUAAGUGCACAUUGAAGCCCGGAUGGCUGAAACAUCACCAGAUUUGUACUGCACAGAAAUAAACACUGUUUAUUUGCUUUUUUAAAAUGUUUUAUAUGACUUUGUAUUUUUUUCCAGAACACAUUCUAAAUAAACUCACCCUUAAUGGAAGCAAAAAAAAAAUCUCUCCAGAGCUGUUGCAUAUAAAAGUAAAAGGGAUGCACAGAUCCCAGAACACCUGUGAACUGGAUUUACUAGCAAGUGGCCAGCCUCCUUUGUGUGAUGACUGUUCAUAAACCACGUCAGUCCUCCGAAAGGAAACAGAUGAGAUAUUUUUCUCUGGUGUCUCUGAUACAGCGCUACAUCAUGAAUGACUCCCCUGAAAAAGAACAUGGAGCUACUCUAAUAACCGUAUCUGGUUGCUGAUUUCUCAUUGCUUUUUCACUUGCACUCUGUGAUCAAAAGACAGUACAAUAAUACAAAUAAACGUUUUAAAUACUCA